ACAUCAAAACCCCAAGCUGCAGAAAUAAUGUUUAGUCAUGAGUUUGGGAUUCGGUUACUGUAUUUGUUUGGUUUGAUGUCUAUUAAAAUAAGGCUUCUCUGAGGUUUUUUUUGAUGGCUCCCUCCUCAGACUCUCUCUGUGCCAUGCAAAACAAACCCAUGUCUAAAGGCUUCCUGUGCAUCCCCCUACACCAGGAAUAUGAUUAAAGGGUUGAGCAGAGCAAUGCAUAUCAUAAAUAUGGGGAAAUGCAAACAGUCAUGCUUGCCUUGGAAAAUAUUCUCCCUGCCUUCGUCUCUGUUGGUAUCAGUAGCAUUGUUUACACAGCAUCAGAGCUGAACAUGGCAUAAAACAGUGAACGGGACAAGGUCCAUUCCCCAAAAAGCUGUAGUCCAUUAUUAUUUGUAUUAUGGUGGUGCCUACAGACCCCAGGCAAACUCAGUCCCCUUGUGCUAGGCACAGUGCAAAUACACUGAGAAACAAACCCAUGUACCCAGCCAGUAAUAGUUCCAGGGAGGAUUAUGAUAACUAAACACCAGUAACAAUACUUUACAUGACACUUUUCAUCCAUAGAUCUCAAAGAGCUUCACAAAGAAGGAUCAUUGUCCAGAUGGGGAACUGAAAGCACAUAGCUGCACUGGAAUAUGUUUGCUAAAAUGUCCCACCAUCUCAGCUCCACUGUGUAUGCAGAGCUCCAGGUGGCAGUUGGUGUUCGAAGCACCAGGUCAUCUAUCCUCGCUCAGAGCAGGAGAACAUGACAUGGUUAAAAUGCCAGUGGGCACCAUCUAUGCUAGCUCUCCUACAGUAAAGUGGAGCGGAGACAGUGGGGAAUCACAGCAAAUAUCCUAGUACAGACAGGACCCAGAGAGGUUAACCUGUGAUUUUUCCCAGGCUCCCAUAGGCAAGAAUGGGAACAAACUCCUGAUUCUCAAUUUGAUCAAUAUAAAAUUAAGUGGUGGUGGGGGGUAGGGAGGGGUUAGUACUGCCAGCCUUAGAAGAGGCCGGUGAGAAACUUUACAGUAUGAAUUGAGUAUGUGAUCUGGGUGGUCCGCUUCAUGGUAACCUCUUGGAUACAGUUGUGAGAAAACCCCACUGUGCCCAAUCCUGCUUUGGUCUCUGCUAAUCAGUGUCCCUGUGCAUUGACUGUUCUGCCUGCCAUAAUAAAUCAGGCAGAAAUUGAAAAGUGGGGGAAAUAGAAACCAAAGAGGUAAUUCAAUUUAUAACAAGGUUGUUCCUGUUUGGUUUGGUCACACUACACAGCCAUGUAGAAGUCCCAGAUCAACACACAGCUUUAGAAUCUCAGGGUCUGGGGCCAGCAAUAGCUGGACAGAAGCCAGGGCAGGCAAUGCUGACAACGCCUGCACAAGGAAGCAGGGAACAGUUCCCCAGAGAAAGAUACUGUAGAGCUUCCAUUCAGUUAAAGAUAUUGCCAUGCGUGAGUGGAGGAGGAUGGUGAGUCUGGGAUACGGAGGGAAUGAAUAGGGCUGUACAGACACUAUUCAACAUCACCACAGAGAUCAUGAGGAUGAAGGUACCUUUGUGAAAUAACAGCAAGUGUAGAGGCAAGGAGGAAAGAAUCACUGGAGGCUAGAGACAGCUGAAAGUGGGUGGCAAGGGGAUUGCUCAGACAGAGACAGUUUGGUAAAGGCUGCAUUGGUGUACCACAUGCAAAGUAGAGAAGGCAAUUUCUUCACUGCCUACCCUGAGAUGCCUCAACGGAAUAAUGUAUCUAGAAACUUUGAGAAAUGCCCCCUAUGAUAAUAUUACAUAAUUCCUGAGCUCAGCUGACAAAGCUAAGUCGAUUGGGCAAUACAGCUGGCUCCGAGACUGAUUUUCACACCUUUCUUCUGCAAAUGUAUAACCAUUAGAGAUGAGCUCCAGCAGCAACAUUUGAAUCUGGACUUUGAAAGCUCUACAUUUCAAAGGUAUUCAGAUCAGGAGUUUGGUUUAGUCCAUUUAAAGAGAGAAUCCAUUUGCAAAAUUUGGAUCUGGCUCCAAGUUUACAUUUUUAAAACCUCCUACAUUUAGGGGUGCUCAAAUCUGGGGAUUUGGCACGUGCUCAUUGCUACAUUACUAUUAUUUCAACACCAAGAAGAGUGCUAGGAACGUUACAGAACAAAUAGCAAGACAUGGUCUACACCCCAAGGAGUUUACACCCUAAGGCCCUGAUCCUGCAAUCGGAUCUGCUAGUGCUGAAGGGUGGGCUCUGCUCCACCCAGGUUGGGGAUGGGGGAAGAGGGGUCUGUGAGAGUAGAUCUGAGGGUGGGAUCAGGAGCUAGCGUUAAUGAUGUGACAAGCAGGGAAGGGAUGGGGUGGGGAAGGAUAAGGAUUACAGUAAGAGGCUCACAUGGUGAUUUAGGGUAGAUGUUUGCAUAUCUUGAGGCUACAAUUUAAAGUAGUUUAUUAAUAAUAAUACUAUUAUUAUCAUUAUGCUUAUUAUCUGGCUCACUUCUUGGGGGUGUAUAACACUCCUUGUAUUAGGUGACAUGUAUGUACAAGCACUGUGCAUAGGGCUGGAGUUUCUGGACCAUGCCCAUGAAAUACUCUGCCUUAAAAAUGGCAUUGCCAGGAGAGAAAAAGCUCUUGCAACAACCUUCCCCCUCCAGCUCAGCACCUCGGCGCUGGUCUGUAAACACCCACUCAGCGCAGCUCCUGCUUUGUCUCCGGACCAGCCUCCCAACCUGCCCGGUGUAUAAGGGAGAACUUGGCAAUGGCCGGGCUAGUACCGCGGCGUCUGCUCCCAGCCCCCUGCAGCGCGCCCACGUGGGAGACUCGCCGCCAAAGAAGAACGAGCCCAAAGGACAGUAGCUACGUUCUGAGCCCGCCCCUUUAGGGGCGCGGCCUGGGAGAGCCCCGCCCCUCCAAGAAAGCCUGGCAUAGGAGUUCGGCCUGGGGGCGUGGGGAGAGGAGUUUUUAAAUUGCUGCUGCCGCUGAGCUGCGGGCGGACUGGGGCAGUCGCUGCACAGAGCCGGGCAUAGCACCAGGCGGUGACACCUGCCAGGGAUUAGCGAGGCCGCUGAUCUGGAAGUCACCCGGAGCGGUAUUGGCAGAGUCGCUUCAGUCCAGCUGUGUGCAGCCUUGAGCCGCGUAAGGGGUUGGUAAGAUGCUGAAGAGCUGCGGAAGGAAACUGCUCUUGUUCCUGGUCGGGUGCAUGUUCACCUGCCUCUUGGUCCUGAUGGCGGAUCAGCAGAAGCGGCAGGUGGAGGACCUGGGAGGAGAAGGGGGCCGGCGAGCUUUGCAGAGCUUGGCGAGCCCGGGUGAGCCGGAGGGCCUGCCCCGCCAGCCGCAGCGGCCGGAGGGCGAGCCCGGCUUGGCCCCCCGAGAAGUGAAGAGCUUCACCGAUUACUUCAGCAAGCUGAGCCGGGGCAGGCGGGAGGCGCAGGACGCCGGCAGCCUGGCCCCGCGCCGGGAGGGGACCCCGAGGCCGGCCCUGGAGGACAUCACCGCCCAGGAUGUCUUCAUCGCGGUGAAGACCACCAAGAAGUUCCACAAGGCCAGGCUGGAGCUGCUGCUGGACACCUGGAUCUCCCGGAACAGAGACUUGACCUUCAUCUUCACCGAUGGGGAGGAUGAAGAACUGAAGAAACGCACAGCCAAUGUCAUCAACACCAACUGUUCCGCCGCCCACAGCCGCCAGGCUUUGUCUUGCAAGAUGGCCGUGGAAUACGACAAGUUCAUCGAGUCCGGGAGAAAGUGGUUUUGCCAUGUGGAUGAUGAUAACUAUGUGAAUGUCCGGACCCUGGUGAAGUUGCUGUCUGGCUACCCCCACACACAGGACAUCUACAUCGGCAAACCUAGUCUGGACCGACCCAUUCAAGCCACAGAGAGGAUCAGUGAGAACAAGAUGCAUCCUGUUCAUUUCUGGUUUGCCACUGGGGGAGCAGGUUUCUGUAUUAGUCGCGGGCUGGCGCUGAAGAUGAGCCCGUGGGCGAGUGGGGGUCAUUUCAUGAGCACAGCAGAGAAGAUCCGCCUGCCAGAUGACUGUACCAUCGGGUACAUCAUAGAGUCCGUGCUAGGAGUGAAGCUUAUCCGGAGUAAUCUCUUCCACUCCCACCUGGAGAACCUCCACCAGGUGCCCAAGACAGAGAUUCACAAACAGGUGACGCUGAGCUAUGGCAUGUUUGAAAACAAGAGGAAUUCCAUCCACAUGAAGGGAGCUUUCUCCGCUGAUGAGGAUCCAUCCAGGUUCCGCUCCAUUCACUGCUUGCUGUACCCAGACACGCCAUGGUGCCCCCUGAAUGUGGUGUACUAGGAGACGCAUGUCCCCGUCAACCUCGUCCCAAGUUUCCCUGGUAUCCAAAGGGCUUGUGGGACCUGUAUGUGUGCAUGUGAUUUCCCUGCUGCGAGGCGAAUGGUUAUUAUUGCUGUGAUAAUGCACAGUGUGUGUGGUUUAUAGGCUGCUGUGCGGCCCCUCAUCUCCCCUGCAGGUGGGGAGAGCAGAUUUUUGGAGUGCUGUCUGCCUCCUCCUCUGACAGGCCGGGGGUACGUGGGAAAGGCUAGGUCCUGAGCACUUACACGUGUGGCCCAGGGCCAGGCUGGCUUGUGAAGGGUAAGUGUCCUGAACACCAGCCUGCGUGGCUCUACGUGUUGCUUUGCAGUGUUUGCAAUUCUCAUAGAAUGUAUGUGGAAUAAGUGUGUGCCCUGGGCCAGGUCUUUACUGCCAUGGCUUUCUUUUUCCGCUGGAAUUUUACUCUCUAUCCCAUUCUGCCCAACCCUCACUCCCUUCUCUUCCUGCUUCCCAUAAACCCAAGCUGCUUUAUUCCACUACCUACCCACCCCUUCACUUUCUCCCCGAACCCUUCAUCCUUCGGCUCCGGAUACUGUUUCAGAUGAAGGUUCAUUGAUAAUAGUUGUGGUGGGAGGGGGGGGUUAAUUCCACCCCUCUGCUCCCCUUUCUUGCUCCCCUUCUAUGCUGGCUGUAUUUUGGGGGGAACAGGGGAAGUUUGCUGGCUCCUGGGGCAGUUCUCUGGACACAUUGGAGCCGAGUCCAGGAAAUGCCCUGGAGGAAUUUUGUACUUUGUGGUGUUUAGAGCUGGACUCUCAGAAUCCCAGAUCACUGUAGCACUGAAGGGAGACAGGCUGGGAGAAGAGGAGCAAGGAGAGGGGUUGGUGGUGGAAGCCGAGAAUCAAUGUUAACUCUGUUCACUGGAGUUCCCUAUGCCUCGCUGAAAUAUUUUCAGUACUAUAAAGCUAUGCAGUAUUUAUAUAGGAUAAUUUAAAGACAUUUAUAAAGGGGGUGGGGGGGGUUGCAAAGAGAUGCAUACAUGCUGUGUCCAUGUUUAUGCUAUAUUUAUAUGGAGACAUAAUGUCUCCCUUCAGUGCAAAGUCUCUGCCCACUUACCCUUGCCUCUGGAGCAUCUUCGCGGAGGGGAAAAAGUGCUACACAUAUUUUGUCCCUAACACUAGUGUCUAUCAGGGCCAAUUAACGUAUGUAGAAUGCACUGUCUAUACCAAUGAAUACUUCAGGUUCAGUGGAGCGAAAACAUUCAGGCUGGGUCUGUCCGGGGGCAUUAGGUGCUCAGGCAGAGGGUGAAUAAAGAGUAUUGGGAGGAUUGCCAUUAAGGGUCCGAUGUGGGUGUCCCACUGGUGCAAUUCCACUGGCUACAAUGGAGUUAGUCCCAUCGCUAUUGUGAGAUCAGCAGUAGGCCCUGAACGCAUAAGUCUUUGCCACAGCUAUUGGUCCCAUUCACCACUGAGCUUGAGGGGAGGAGAGAAGUUGGGCAAGCAGCUGUCAAGAAACACCCCUUUCUCCCAAGCACCAUUUCUGGGCUGGCCCAGUAGCUAGGGGCCUGUUGGAGACUCAAGGUAGAUGCUGGAUCAUGGUUGCUAGCCUGCUGAACGCAAUGGGAGUCAGAAGCUUGAAUCCCUGUGAGGAUCUGGGCCUUAGUGCUGUGGAAGCUCUGUACUAAGGGCUGGUCUACACUAGGGGGUGGGAUCGAUCUAAGAUACGCAACUUCAGCUACGCUAUUCGUGUAGCUGAAGUCAAAGUAUCUUAGUUCGACUUACCUGGCCAUCCUCAUGGCGGCAAGUCGACCGCCGCGGCUCCCCCGUCAACUCCGCUUACUCCUCCUGCCGAGGUGGAGUACGGGCAUCGAUUCGGGGAUCGAUUUAUCACAUCCCCGAUAGAUCGAUUACUAUCCGGCGGGUAGUGUAGACGUGGCCUUAGCAUCUGGGAAAAGGAGCGCAUUGCACUGCUCAACAGUGCCCCCUCUGGUCAAUGGAGGAUCAGCAGCUGAAGGGAGACAACUGUAGUUCGCUGCAUAACCUGCUCCAGUGGACAGACGCUCCUGGCUUGUGCAAAUCCCCUGCUCCUGCACUAACAUUGACCUAAGCCUUCCUCGCCCAGUGGGUGAGGGCUAAUUGUUCUCUGCAUGGAUAAGUGGGCAAAGGCAGAAUGUAUGUUUCCAAUGAGAGGCUGAGUGAAAAUGGCCCAUAAUGGGUGCGUCUGUAAAUAUCUUAUUGCAACAGUAAUUUUUUUUUACUGUGCUGUUUUUUUUGUUCAUUGAGAAUGAUCUAGGGUUGAAAUUUUUUUAUACAUUUUCUGUGGAUCGGAAAAAAAAAAAAACCUUCUGAGAAUCUGUUUGAAAAUGAAAUUGAAAUGUCUUCUAACGAUCACUUACCUUAAUUUAUGUGUUCCAGUAUCUGGAACGUCACUCUCUGCUUUUCAUAACUAGUAUGUGUUUAAAAGAAAUAGAUUGGAAAAGAAAUGACACGUGUUCUCAGGGAAUUACACCCGAUAGUUACCAUGGAAACCCUGUGGUAGCCAUCAUUCUUUGCUUUCAAUAAAGCAGCUUAUUUGUUGA